CGGUCACAUCACUGCCAACGCGGAAUAAAACAAAUCAAAUCCAAAUGAAAAACAUAAAUAUUCCUAUUGUAUUAGAUCUUAUUAACUAAAAUUUAUCAAGUAGCUUGAGGAUGACGUGUGGAGCAUGUCGGGGUCACAAGGAGAAGAGUGUGAAGUGCCUUAUAGCCGCUUUGGACACGAUCAAAGAACACGCUUUGAUGAUGCACCGGAACUCGGAGGAGAGUGCCAGGACCAUAGAACACCUAAAGGCGCACAAUGAAAAGCUGCACAAGGCCUUGGACUUGUUGAAGGAGCGACAGGAGUCCAUGGUUCAGCCCGAGAAGCGCAGGAAACUGUCGCCCAAGAAGAUCAAAGAUGACAUAUCGCCGCAGCCGCAAAGCCAGAACUCCCUGAACAUGAACAUAGCCAUCAGCAGUAUCGAUCUCUCCGACGAGGAUCUGGAAAUGGAGGAGGACGAGAGCAUUGCGGAAACGGAGGCCACUGCCCAGAGCCCGCGCAAGUUGAGGCUACCCGACCGGAAGCCGGACAUCCGGAAUCGGGAGAAUGUGCAGCCAAACAAUGUUCCCGCCGUGGCCACCAGUUGGAUUCGAAAGACACCCAAGCAACCAGCGGUCUUCACCAAAUUAUCCCUAACGCACAAAAGUAGUAACGCGCAUUUAAAACAAACUCGCCUGAAAUUCGAACCAAAUAAGACGAGCAAUAGCGAAAAGGAUGUUAUAGAGGACAGCCCCAAUCUAAGCACUAGCCUCAAAAGAUCUCGGCCACAACGAUCUCUAAUACAAAGAACAGACACCGCGAGCGUUUCAAACGCAGACGACUCGCUUACCACCAGCAGCAGUAGCAGUAGCAAAAUUCCCAAGGAUAGUUUUGAGAUGGACAUGGACGAGUUCAAUAUGGAGUGCUCAGAGCUUCCUGUAAUGCCGCCACCGGGCACACCUCCAGGCUUAAGAAUCAACAGCACAUCGGAUAGUGUUGUUCUGUUGACUCCUGGCACCCAGGAUAUAAUUUUCGUUAAUGAUACCCUAGAAGAAGUAAGCAAACUGGGCACCAUGGAUGUUCUGGCCGAAAUUAUGAAGGACGACGACGAAGCCUGCUCGAAUGCUUUGAGACAGUUUGAGAAAAAAAUGAUUGAUAAGCAGAAGCACAUCCAACCGAACGCUCCAAAAGUAGAGACCACCAUUCCAAUUACCAGAGUUGUGAAGACGGAACCUGUCUCCCAACCAGAAACAGAUAUUGGCAAUGAAUCAACGAAACUCCCUGAGGAUAUUGAGCAGCAUCUAAUGGACAAUGAAGAUGAGGAUAGUAAGGCCUCAGAGGAAGAGUUUCCGAGACCGAUUUUGGUCAAAAAGGAACCUGAAUUGACGGCCAAAGAACGUUUCAACAUUGAGUGUGAGGAGUGCGAAAAGUUCAUUAAUUUCAUGGGUUCCAACCUGACUGACGAGAAGAUCGAAGACUAUUUGUCCAAGUGCAAGCACGUGGACGCACGAAGCUCGACGCCACCGGGAUUCUGGAAUCCUCUAAUGGUUUCCUUUGCCGAAGGCGAUCCACGCAAUGAGGUUUUAAUAGACACUCGGUUCAGGAACCAGCGACUAAACAAAUGACAUUUAGGCAAUCAUUUUUUCAUUAGUUAUUCUGUUUAGACCAUUUCAUUUAUUAUGUUUGUAUAUUGGUACAUCUUUGAUUCACAAGUUACCACGCUUGGCCUGCUCAAUUUCGAUGGCCGUGAACAAGGACUUGAAGUUGCCAGCGCCGAAUCCCUGAAACAGUUAUGAUUAUUAAUGACCUUUCUUAGCAAUAAUAGUUUAAGCAAUAAAUCUUACAUUGUGA